CAUUCAGUCCGCUGUGCUGUGCUUUGGCUAGUGAUCGCUGAUUCCCAUUCGUAGCUUAAAUCAAAGUAAACAUGUAGAUUUUUUCAUCUUUUAUCCAAUAUUAAGCACCUCGCGAACUGUUACUCGUUGCAUAUUUGGCGAAUGAGUUGUAAUCGGAAUGGUAGUUGCAUUUGAAAUGGCAGAUGAUGUCGCUUUCAUUGGCUGUAAAGGGCUGUGUCUUGCUAGCGUGGCUAAUCAAACAGCUUGUCGCUAGAAACGGGGUAAAUUGAGGCUCUCCGAAAAUAAUGGAAGGCGAAUUUAUAUGCGUUUGACUGCGUGAAAGAGGCGGAAAAUGGAGAAAUCUGGAAGUCCUGGUCCCUCGUCGCCCGUGAAUGGGAGGCAGUGCAAUGAUUACGACAGCAAGCGGAAGAGGAAGAUAGCGGACAUCACCCAGGCUCUGAGCACCAGUCCCGUGGAUGUAGCAGCUCUGAGGAGGAUGGCCAUCAGCGAAGGGGGGCUGCUGACCGAUGAGAUCCGCUGUCAGGUCUGGCCUCGGCUUCUCAACGUGCCGCCUCAUGUGCUGGAGCAGGAGCCAGAAACUGUGGAUCGUGAAAACAACAAGGAUUACAACCAGGUGCUUCUGGAUGUACAGCGCUCACUGCGGAGGUUCCCCCCUGGCAUGCCCGAUGAGCAGAGAGAGGGUUUGCAGGAAGAGCUGAUUGACAUCAUCCUCCGAGUGCUCAAAAGAAACCCUCAGCUGCACUAUUACCAGGGAUACCAUGACAUCGUUGUCACCUUUUUAUUAGUUGUUGGAGAGCAGCGAGCAACAGCUUUGGUGGAAAAGCUGUCCACUCAUCACCUCAGGGACUUUAUGGACCCCACUAUGGACAAUACAAAACAUAUACUGAAUUAUUUGAUGCCUAUCAUCGAUAGGGUCAACCCCGAGGUUCAUGAUUUCAUGCAGCAGUCAGAGGUGGGCACAGUCUUUGCCCUAAGCUGGUUGAUAACCUGGUUUGGCCAUGUCCUGUCAGACUUCAGACACGUUGUGCGGUUAUAUGACUUCUUCCUUGCGUGCCAUCCUCUAAUGCCCAUCUAUUUUGCUGCUGUAAUUGUUCUGUACAGAGAAGAGGAAGUACUGGAGUGCGAGUGUGACAUGGCCAUGGUCCAUCACCUGCUGUCCCAGAUCCCCCAGGAUCUUCCCUAUGAGACUCUCAUCAGUCAGGCUGGAGACCUGUUUGUUCAGUUCCCGCCCUCUGAACUGGCUAAAGAGGUGGUCUCCCACGACAGCAUGGCUACCACAACUUUUAAAGACUUUGAGCUUGCGUCGACUCAAAGACCAGACUCGGUUCUUCGGCGACGUCGUAGACAGAGGGCGGCGGCAGUAGAAAGCCCCGCCCCCUCAACAGCAGUGGCGACGGUGGCUCAGCCUUCAGCAGCGCGGCGCUUUGUCCGAUUGGCCGUCAUGGGACUGACCGUGGCUUUAGGGGCAGCUGCUCUCACUCUGGUCAACACUGCCCUGGAGUGGGCUCCCAAGCUCGACCUGUUUCCUUGAACUUCUCCACUCUUAAUCUUUUUACCCCAAUGGAAUCAGAUUUGUGUCAAACUAUGUACAUUUUCAGCCCACAGUAGUUAUACCUCCUUAAAGCUACCAUCUGCAACUUUAUUAGAUUUUUUUUUUGUCAGCUGUGAAAGCUGCUCUCCCCUCUCCUCACCUGGCCUUUGUUCAUGCUCUCCUGUGCUCUCUCUGGUCUUCUUCUGUCACACUAUCAGACUGCAGUAAUGUAGACAGCAUCUAGUGGUGAUAAGUAAAAAUACAACAGGGGUCAUCCAGUUUAAUUCUAGAUGGUAGCUUUAAUGCUGUGGCAAAAAUUUUUAUUUAAUUUUUUUCACACGGUCGUGUACUCGUGCUUCUUCCUAGUUUACAAAUGACAUUUUCCAUUCCGUGCACCGUCGUACCAAAGACUCCAGUUCAGUUCCGUCCUUGCUGAUAUUUCUCUGUCGAUAGUAUUAUGACAGGCGUUGUCUUGUAAUAAAACCCUCUAUAUAAAAAUGUUCCAGCCCAACUGACCUCUGUUUAAUGUUGGUGACUUGGAUGGACUUCGGUCACAAUGCAAAUGAUGUUUUACCUAUCAAAUCCAAAACUUCUCUGCAUAGCCUUGUUGUUAGAGCAAACAGAAUUAAAAAUACACACAUAACAUCAUGUUGUACUUUAUAUAAUUUGACCAAAUCUGAUUCCACCUCUCAUCAACACAGCUUCUGGACUUCAUAUUGUCUAAAUAUUGACAGUUUUGUGAAGACUAAACACUAACAGACUUUCCCCCUUUAGGACAUCUAAGGAUCCCAAGCAAAAGUCUGCUGGAGAAAGAGAUGGGGUUUUAUGAAAAAGACUGUAUUUAUACUAAGUAUCAUGAUCAAAGUUUAUUUAUGUAAGGUAUAACACAUGCUUAUAGAGAUUUAUGCUGACUGCUUAGACUUGAAACUGCUGCCAUUUCAGAGGUGUGAAAGGUGCAUUGUGUAACUUUUCUGGCGGAGGGUCCGUCAAAUGCUUGUCUUCAUGGAGAUGUUAUUGCUUUGUCGACAAUGUUUCACACUAUGACAUUAAACCUUUCGGUUUUCAUGGAGACCAAACCAGACCAAGUUACAGGUCAGAUCUGUGGAGAGCCAACCCCGCUCACGGUCAGAGUGCCUGUUUUUCUAGGUAUUUUAAGCAAUAAAAACUGUAAUUGAAUAAAUGCAAAGUAGAGCUCCUCGAUGUCAUGCUGUGGAACUUUACAGGCAGAACAGUCACGUAACCAUAGUAACAAGCAAGUGAGAGACCCUCAACCAAAAAGUCCCAUAGUGCACCUUUAAGUAUGAAUGGUUUGUGUUUGUAUAGUCCUACUUUGUUAGUUUUACUAUAAGAGCCAAAUGGAGGAUUUUGUGAGUUCUGUCUUUGUUAUAUUUUUUGUUUACUUUUUGUUUUAAAGUUUGGUCAUGACACACAGACACUACAGCUACUAAUUGGGCAAAUGCGUAAUAACUACAAAAUCAUAAAGCUGUCAUUUCAUGUUUACUCAAGUCUUACUAUUGAAAUAUAUAAUAUUUACAGCUGUUAUAUUAUGCUAAAUUAUAUUUUAUUGCACUUGCUUAAAAGGGUCUGUGUUUCAUGACCUGAAAACUGAAAAUUAUGCUUCAACUUACAAUUCUCCAUUCUUUCUUUCUUGACAUUAAUGCCACAUGUUGUAGUAUUCUUGAAGACUUAAACCGCAUACGUCUCGCUAAGCAUUUCAAAGCACCAUCUCUGCACUUUAGCAUCUUGUUUACAGGAAACACAUCAAUAAUUCACCAUUUAUCAGACUUUUUGAAUUCAGUUCACGUGGAAAAAUGCAUUACUUUGAGAGUCAGUGAAUGCAAACAAACUUUUUUUUUUUUUGACAAAGUAAAAAAUUAUGGUGUUAUAGAACCCUUAAAGGAACUAUAUGUAAGAUUUCAAUGUUAAAUUUCAUAAACGUGACCUAAAUCUGUCCCCACAUGAGGUAAAACAUGUUCAAAUCAAGUAUAGCGUCAACUGAUUUAGUCUUUAUUAAAAAAAAAAAAAAAGAAAAAUAUUGGAUACUAUUUACCAUGCAUUUGGUGUUUUGUUUCUUAGGACAAUUGUAUAAUCAGAAAGCAGAAUGAGUCUCUCACUUUCAUUGCCAGUUUCAAUGCUAAAAUCCAGUUGUUUAAAAUCUAAAAUGGCUUUUUCUCAUAUGAAUCCUCACUACUAAACCCCAGCGCCUGCACCUCUUUAAUCAGUGCUCCUGCUCCUUAACCAUUUGCUGUCCACAUACUGAGAAUGAAGAAACCCAACCCAAGUUCAGUUGUACUUGUAAAACCUUUUUUUGAAACAGUAAGAGCUCAGGCUGUAUACAGUUCCUUAAAAUGCUUUCAUACUGUGAAGUCUACAACGCAUCCACACAACACACAGCAGAUUUAACUUUCAUUCCAAAUUGGGAGGCCAUUUUGAAACAUUUACGCCUUUGUUUCUUGGUUCUUACUAUUCACGCAUUUCAUUUGCAUUUAAGAUUUUUAAUAUCCACCUGUCAGCUUUCACAAUAGUUCAGUAGUUCAGAACACCUUAAAUGAUCAAAUACACCGUACCAUGGCAAAUACAAUAGUUUUAAAGUUCACUUGCGAGUUAAUGUGUAUUAUUUUUGUUGACGUUGAAAUGCUGAAGUUCAUCUGUUUUGCCUUAGUCUCACACUGGUUUAAGCUGUAAGUAUAAUAGUCAAUAGAAUCUUUAAUGAAGGUUGUUACAUCUCACUUUUUUAUUUUAUUAUUUGAAUGCACUAAACUUGUAUUGGCCUUUUAUUUUGUUAUAUGUUUUAUUGGUGUAUAGUUGUACAGGGUAUUAACAAUUAAACCAUUCAAAACUUG